AUGCUGCGAGGGCUACACCGGAGGAAGCUGAGCUUCAAGCGGCGGCGGCGCAUCAGGUACCCGCGCGAGCCAUGGGUGUCCCAGGGCCUCGCCGACGCCGUCGACUCGCUGGAGCAAUCCUACUCGCCAAACCGGGUGAAUCCCUCCGUCUACGCCUCCCUCCUCCGGCGCUGCGCCCGCGAGCACGCAUUCUCCUACGGCGUUCGCAUCCACCGCCACAUGGACGCCACCAAGUACCUGGACGAUACAUCCAUGGCCAAUCUCUUGAUCCGGAUGUACUCCCGGUGCGGCAAUCUGGAAUGGGGCAGCCAGGUUUUCGAGACCAUGGACAAGAGGACCGUCCAGUCCUGGAACGCCUUCCUGGGGAUGCUCGCGCGCAACGAUGGAUCUGGCAAGAUGGUCUACCGGAACUUCCGGCGGAUGCUCCUCCAGAGGGCCGUCCCGGACGCCGUCUCCUUCGCGCUCGCCAUCCGGGCGUGCGGCCAGCUGCGCGAUCUCUCCUCCGGCACCGAGUUCCACAACUUGCUCAUCGAUCGGCGCGUCCGGCAGGAUCACAAGCUCCAGAGCGCGAUCAUCUACAUGUAUGGCAAGUGUGGCCGGCUCGACACCGCCAUCCAGGUGUUUGGCGACGUGAGGUUCAAGGAGACGCCGGUGUGGAACGCGGUGAUCGCGGCCUUGUGGCGGUGGAAGCAGCACGAUCGCGCGCUGGAGUUCUACUGGGCGAUGGCGGUGGAGGGGAAGAGGCCGGAUAGCACCACCUACGCGGCUGUGUUAGAGAUUUGCGUGGCGGCGGGGAGAUUGGAGCUGGGGAGCAGGGUGGUGGAGAGGAUCGCGAGCGAGGGACUGGACCGGGUCUGCGGCAGUGAUCUCCAGCUCGCGCUGGUGAAGAUCUACGCACAGUGCCGGCGGUUUGAUCGAGUGAAAGCCGCGGCGGCCAGGAUGUCAGGAGCGUGCUGGAACUACUGCUUUGAGGUGUGUGCUCGCGGUGGAUUCUCUGUGGACGCACUGGAGCUCUACACUGUGAUGCGAGCUCGAGCAACUUCUCCAGAUCCGGAGAGUUUUGUGCUCGUGCUUGGAUCGUGCCGCCAUCCCGAGCAUCUCUCGCAAGGCAAGGCGAUCCACGCGCGAGCGGUGGCCACGACUGUGAAGCACAGCGCUCGGCUCGUCGCCGCUCUCGUCAGGAUGUACUCCGAGUGUGGCAGCCUCGAGAAUGCCAGGCUCUUGUUCAAGAGGAGCUCUUCCGGAAAGGAGAUACUGGUGUGGAACGCCAUGCUCGAGGCUUACGUCCGGCAUGGGGAGUUUGGAGAGUGUCUAGCUCUCUUCGACGCGAUGAAGAGCGCGAGCAUGGAUCCAAACGAGCAGACCCUGAGCAGCGUCUUUGCUGCCUGCUGCGACGAGAAGAACUUUGCUCGUGGCAAGGAACUGGCCUCCUCUCUCGCAAAAACCUCCGCGUUUACCUCCAACACGCUCAGGGACGUCCUCAACAUGUAUGCUCUUUGUGGCGACUGGAAGAAUGCCAAGCUCGCGUUUGAUGCGCUCGCGAUCAAGGAGGGGUUCGUGUGGGCAACUCUAGCGUCGGCCUAUCUCGCUGGUGGCCGCGAAGAUCAACUUCCCGAGCUCUUCCAGGCAAUGGAGCUCGAAGGCUUGGAAACACUGUGGCCUUAUUAGUCUUUCACGAGCAUAAUGCGAAGGACGGUGUGUAAGGAAAGAAUGGAACACUGCAUGGGCUGAAACGAGAGAACGACCAUGGACGAGACCACUCUUUUGUGGAAAGGUCGUAAGCGUAGCCAUUCUCUGCCGUGGACAAGGUAAGCCUUUGCUCCAGAGGAUCUGCUGCCACUCGCAAGUCCUGGAAUGCUCUUUUCUUUCCAGGAGUCUGAAGGCGGUCGAAUUCUAUCCAUGUCUUGCUCUCCGCGUCCAAGGCGUGUAAGAAGAUCGUCUCGUUCGCGCUGCCUGGGCGUACCUCACCAAAGCUUGCCAACAUGCAUCGCUCUCCUGCGAAGAAGAAAACUAUGAAGGAGAAGAGGAGAGGACACCACUUACCCCAGAAGAACAGCUUUGGAUUCCUGUCAGCUUGACUCGGACUUAAGAAGCUCCUCUUUGGCAGAUCCUUCCAGGUUGCAACAAUGGUGCUCUCGCACUUCCCGCAGAGAUCAAUGUCCAGUCGAAAGGAUCUCAGCCUGGCCGUGGCGUCCGGGUUCCCUGGAAUAGUGAGAAAGUAGAGGAUCGAGCCGUGUAACGCUGCACUACCCGGCGCGCAACACUCGCCUG